AUGUCUAAAUAAAUUGUACAUCAUUAAUCAUAAAGUCUAUGGAAUUAUACAUUAUCACCAGGUAAAGUUAAAUUAUAACUAUACAAGGUUGGACUAUGAAAGAAGUUGAGAUUUUAAACUUGGCGCUCAUGAAGUUUGGUAUAGGAAAAUGGCGCAAAAUUAUAAACUCUGAAUGUUUACCUGGAAAGAGUAUAGGAUAGAUAUAUAUGCAAACUUAAAGAUUAUUAGGACAAUAAAGUUUGGGUGAAUUUAUGGGCUUGUAGGUUGAUCUUAAAAAAGUGUAUUUACAUAAUAUGCAAAAAAAGAAUGUAUUUAGAAAAAAUAAUUCAAUUAUAAAUACAGGUGAUAAUAUGACACAAGAAGAAAGAAAGAAAAGAAUAGCUGAAAAUAAAAAAAAUGUAUUUAUACAUAAUAAUUUCUAGUUUGGAAUAAGUCCUGCAGAUAUUGCUUUAAUUAAAUUACCAAGAUAUCAUGUAAAUUCUUAAACUUCCUUUCUUUCACAUGAUGAAAUUAUGGAAGGCAAUUUUACAACUGUAGAAAAGAUUAAUAAUUUAUGUGCUUUAAAAAAGGAUAUUUUAAGAAAGUUGAAAAAAAUUGAGAAUGGAGAAAUUGAAGAGACUUUUGAUGAAGAAGUAGAAUAAAAAAGAAGAUAUAAAAAAGUAAUGACUGAUUCAGAUUCUUCAUCAGCUUGA